UUACCCCACUGAACGCACUUGUGUGUAUCACUCGGACUGCAUUCUUCCUUUUCACAUUAAAAAAAAAAAAAAGAAAACACAAAUUAAUUUUUCUCAUUAUUGUUCCAUACAAAAGUUUUUAAUUUUACAUCCAACAAAACGCAACAAUUGCAUUGUAAAACAAAAUAAUGAUUACAAUAAUGGAAAUACCCAAUUAAAAAACUAUAUAAUAAUUUUCGACUUCAAAGUGGUCUCUUAUCGAAAGCCUAUACUAUGUGGAUUAUGUGCGGGUGUGUUGACCAAAGUGACUAAAAGGCAUUGGGCUCGUGUGUGAUUUGCUAAUUAUUACUACAUUAAAAAAAGAAGCAAAUAAAUUACCCAUUUAUUUCUUCUUAAUGGCCAAUUCUAUUUUCUCUAAAUUAUUAUCUAUCUAAAAUCGGUGCUGCAUUCACAAAAGCAAAAGAAACGAAAAGAAUAGAAAAAAAUAUAUUCAUCGCUUUUGUUCCAAUCCAAAGUGUAUACUCUCGAUUUCAUGAUCUUUUUUUCUUCUGUUGCACUUUCGCACCUCAAACUCAGCCCAACUAUCGACGACUUUCAGGCUCGUUUUUGUCGUUGUCGUUUCAUUCCUCCUCUCCUCCUUCCUCUCUGCCGUUUCCGUCACCAAAUCCUCGUCUCCAAGUACGAGGGUGUAGUACAAUAUCGCAUUGAACACAAAAACAACAACAACAACGCAUAAAGAAAGAAAAAAAAAAUCACAAAGAACUACCACUCUCUGCCUCCGCGACUCUCCACUUCACUUCAAUCCACCCCACCACCACUAAAUUCGCCCAACAAACAAGAACAACAACAAAAAAACAUUUUGAGUUGUUAAAAGAAAAAUAAAUUAAAGAAAAAAAAGCAAUAAUGCGCGAAUUCAAAGUUGUCGUCUUGGGGUCUGGGGGUGUGGGCAAAUCCGCCCUCACAGUGCAAUUUGUGUCGGGCUGCUUCAUUGAGAAGUACGACCCCACUAUCGAGGAUUUCUAUCGAAAAGAAAUCGAAGUCGAUAACUCUCCAUGCGUGCUCGAGAUCCUCGACACCGCUGGCACAGAGCAAUUCGCUUCAAUGCGAGAUCUCUACAUUAAGAAUGGCCACGGUUUCAUUGUUAUGUACUCGCUGACCAAUCACCAGACCUUCCAGGAUAUAUCGAGCAUGAAGAAUGUCAUUAAUCGCGUCAAGGGCAGUCAGCCCGCCCCCAUUCUCCUAGUCGCUAAUAAAUUUGAUCUAGACUGCCAAAGAGAGGUCUCCACAGCUGAGGGCAAUGCUUUGGCCCAACAAUGGGAAUGCCCUUUUAUUGAGGCAUCGGCCAAGGAUCGAAUCAAUGUCAACGAAGUGUUUGCAACAAUUGUAAGGGAAAUGAAUAUUUCCUCUGAGAAAAGACAGAAAAAAAGUGAUUGGUGUUGCACGCUCUUAUAGCGAAUAUAUUAUUUUUAUUAAAAAAGCAAUUUAUUAAUCAAAAAACAAAAAAUUAAAAAAAAAAUUAUAAAAUAAUCAUUUACGUGCAAGUGAACUAAAAAAAAAAUGGAAAAAAUACAAAAAAAAAAUUAAAAAAAAAACUUAAUCCAAAAUAAAGGACAAAUAACAAACAAAAAAAAAAAGCAAAAAAAAAAAAUAAAAACAGUACUUUUAUAUAAAUUAAUGUAUAAUUUUUUAUAUAUUGAACUUAAAAUUCUAUACAUAUUAUAUACAUGUUUAGCUGAUAAAUCGAGAACGAUAAUGGGAAAGCAUUAAGCAUUUUUUAAUGUUCAAUUGAAACGAAGAAAUAUUAAGAGCAUUUUUCUCCCUAUCCCCCUUCCUUAUCCUAAUCCACCCCCUCAUAAAAAAAACCCAUCCUAAUUAAUUGUCCACUAAUGAACAAAAUAAAACAAAGUAUUCCUUCUUAACUCCUACAACCCCCCUAGUUCCCUUCUAGAUGUAUAAACAACACACGAUAUGGAUAUAUAUUAUUAUAAAGAAAAAAAAAGUAAAAAUUAAAAAAAGCAUGUGGUAAAUAAAAAAAUAAAAAUAAAAUUAAAAUUAAUAUGUAAUGAUAUCUGAGUGGCAAAAUAAAAAAAAAGAAAAUAAACAAAAAAAAAAGAAA